UUGUAUUUUUAUUCAAUAGCUUCAAUACAAAACAAUGUAAAUAACAGUGAAUAUUUUCUAACGACUCCAAAAUUUUAUUGUGUUUUAAAAAUAAUGUCUCUCCCCGGACUACCUCCUUUACCUAAAAGUCUCAGCGGUUUCAAACUCUCAGAAUAUCCUUCACACCUUCCUCCAACUCCAAUUCGAACCUCGUCUAUCCGCUCAACUGUAUCACAUUCCUCUAAUCAAAUGUUGUAUCCAGAAUCAAACGUACAUUUAAUACCAAUCGGCGGAAGCUCUCGACGAUCUUCGAAUCUCGAUACGAAAUUAGCCGUUUUAAAACAAGAAAUGUACAAUCUGAGACAAUUAGAUCUUUCAGUUCUAUCUCAAUUAUGGUCUUUAAACGAAUCGAUUCAAGACUAUAGACAGAUACUACAAGAACAAGAGGAUAGAGUGUUGUCUCCACCAUCGCCUUCGCCAACUCCAUCAUCGGGAGAAGAUAUGGACGGCGAGGAGUUUUAUAUGUCUGCUACUUCUUUGAGCUUCAGAUCCACGGCAGCCGUUCCUCCAGGAAGGAGAACAAGUAAUUCGUCGAAUACUUCGAGUUUAGGUUAAUUAGUGAUUAUUGUUUCCAUUCCUGUUAAAUGGUGUGUAAGAUUAAGUGAUAAUUAUAUAGUGACAGCUAUUUUAUUGGGGUAUUUUGAGGAAUAUGAAGCGGAAAAAGGUAUUUGAUGAGAUUAUUCAUAUAUUUUGUAUGUCAGUUUUAUUUUAUUAUGUGUAAUUGUUAUUUUGAUACUUUAUUAUAUUUUUAUUUACUUGAAUAAAGCUCAAACAACUGUUUAA